AUGUUAUACAAGAGGACAGUUUAUUGGCUCUUAUCGGUUCUAUUACUAUCUGAUGGAAUCAGUGCAGAGGAAUAUGUGAUCACUUUGAAGGCACCCAAAACUUUAAGUAAAUUGUUGGCAGUGAAGUUGGGCAACCGCACACUAAAGCAAAUACUCGAUGCCAGAAUCAAGCAGAAGUUUUCUUUCGGAAAGUUUGAGGCUAUCACCGUGGACAUUCCGCCGUUCCUUGCUGAUACAUUGACAGAGAACAAGUGGAUCUCCCACAUUUCGCUCAACGAGGAGUAUAACCUUUUGGGUGACGAGUAUGCGGGAGAAGAAGACACGGGGGAUGACAAUGGGGACGAAUUCGAGAACGAGAGCGACGAUGAUGACGGGGAUGACGAAGAUGAAGAAGAGGAAGAAGAGGAGGACGGAGAUGGUGAGGACGGAGAUGACGACGACGAUACAGAGGAGGAUGAUAGCAGAGGACCUCCUCGGCCAGAGUACCCCGUAGCUCCACCAAGUCCCCAGCGUCCAGUGUUCCCACCGGAACCUGAAACUCCUAUCGAAGUACCUGAUCCUGAGCCCGAACCUCCGGUCGAAUUUCCUGAACCCGAAGAACCGAUUGAAAAGCCCGGGCCGAAGAGACCCGUCAAUCCGCCAGAGGAUGAAGAACCAUAUAAUCCACCCGAACCGGAAGCACCCGCUGAACCACAACCCGACCAUCCCAUCAGUCCUCCAGAGUCGGAACAGCCAUCGGAUCCCGACACUCAGCCUCCCAAUGAUCCGCCAUCUUUCGAUCCACAACCAGACCAGCCAGUUGAGAGACCAGACCUUGAUAGACCUGAGCCAGAGAAACCGGGCAAUGAUGAACCUUCAGAAGGAGCACCAGAGUUUCCUACCAACCCAGAAGAGCCACAACCACCUAGCGACUCCCCCGAAACACCCGAACCAUCUAAUCCUCCAGAGUCCGAUCCUAUCGUUCCAUCGGACCCCGAGACCCCAUCUGAUCCAGAACCUGAACAACCAGUAGAUGUACCGGUCCCUGCCCCAGUCACUCCACCAGGACCAGAAGAACCAACCAGUACCCCAGACCCUGACUCGCCACCAGAUAAGGAACAGAGGCCAGAUGACUUCGACCAGCCACGCGAGAACCCUAAUGACCAGCAACCCUCCCCCAACCCUGAUCGCCCAGAACCUAUCAGAGGUAUUCCAGCUGAACCUGUUGCAGGAGCACCUGGUGAGGGGCUGCAUCAAUACGCUAUACAGGUUGAUGCACCUCGCCAUUUGGCGCGUACUUGCCGGCGUACCGGCCUACCGUUCGAUCCCUCUGGCGACAAAGAGUACACCUUCAACUACUAUUACGACGAGGAGCACUUGGGCGAGGGAGUCAACGUCUAUGUAUUGGACAGUGGCAUUUACAAGAGCCAUCCAGAGUUCGAUGGUAGAGCACAUUUCGGCAUCGACACUACAAAAGAGGGGCCUGGCGAUCUAAAUGGCCAUGGUACACAUGUCGCAGGUUUGGUCGGAUCCAGAACGUUUGGUAUUGCCAAGAAAGCAAAUAUCUACGAGAUCAAAGUCAUGACUGUCGAUGGUCGGGGGAGCACUUCCAACAUAAUUGCAGGGGUUGAGUUUGCAGUCAAGCAUUGCCAGCAAAGCGGCAAAAGGUGUGUGGCAAACAUGAGCCUUGGAGGUCUUAGUUUUGGCCACAGCGCCCUUGAUAGUGCAGUCGAAGCUGCAAUUGAGGAGGGUCUUGUUUUCGUGGUAGCCGCAGGCAACUCCAAGGAGAGGGCAUGCUGGUAUAGUCCUGCGAAGGUGAAAACUGCCAUCACCGUGGGAGCUUUCGAUGACCGCUCCGACAUCAUUGCAUCUUUUUCAAAUUAUGGCAAGUGUGUGGAUAUUUUUGCACCAGGUGUCGCUGUCGCUUCUUUGUCGAACAGCCCCUCGAAUACCAUGCGUGUGUUGAACGGCACCUCCAUGUCUGCGCCGAUCACGGCAGGUGUGGUAGCCGUAUUACUAGACCAAGGCAUUGAGCCCCACGAGGUCAAAGAUCAUUUACUUUCCAUCUCGACAAAGGGCUUGUUCCAUAAACGGAGGCUCGUCAGUUCUAGAACACCUGAUCGUGCUCUUUUCACUGGUGUGAAGCGGGAAGAUGAUUCGUUCAGCACCGAAAAGUUUCCUUUUGUGAACGAAGAGGCAUACCUAAAAUUUAUUGGCGAUGACCUCAAGAAAGUGCAGGGACCAUCCUUGUUUAGAAAGGUCUUGCGUUCAUCGCUAAGUAAAGUCAUUUAA